CCUGCCGGCGGCGGGUGGAGGUGUGCGCCUGGGCGGGGAAAAUGGACUUCGCCCGCCUCUGGCUGGGGCUGCUGCUGCCUUCGGUAGCUGCGCUGGAUUUCGGCUACCACCACCAGAAGGGGAUGGAAGAGUUUUUGAAGAACGUGGCCCAAAACUACAGUUCUAUCACUCGCUUACACAGUAUUGGGAAAUCUGUGAAAGGCAGAAACCUGUGGGUUCUUGUUGUGGGGCGCUUCCCAAAGGAGCAUAGAAUUGGGAUUCCAGAGUUCAAAUACGUGGCCAACAUGCAUGGAGAUGAGACUGUUGGGCGGGAGCUGCUGCUCCAUUUAAUUGAACAUCUUGUAACCAAUGAUGGAAAAGAUGUUGAAAUCACAAAUUUAAUCAACAGUACCCGGAUACACUUGAUGCCUUCAAUGAACCCAGAUGGAUUUGAAGCUGUCGUAAAGCCUGACUGUUUCUACAGUAACGGAAGGGAAAACAGUAACUACUAUGACCUGAAUAGAAACUUCCCAGAUGCUUUUGAACUUAAUAAUGUAUCGAGGCAGCCUGAAACUGCAGCUGUCAUGGAGUGGCUGAAAACAGAGACGUUCGUCCUCUCUGCAAACCUCCACGGCGGCGCCCUGGUGGCGAGUUACCCGUUUGACAAUGGUGUUCCAGCAACUGGGACGUUAUACUCCCGUAGCGUAACCCCUGAUGACGAUGUGUUUCAAUACCUUGCACAUACCUAUGCUUCAAGAAAUCCCACCAUGAAGAAAGGAGAUCAGUGUAAAACUAAGAUGAACUUUCCUAAUGGAAUUACAAAUGGCUACUCUUGGUAUCCACUCAAAGGUGGAAUGCAAGAUUACAACUACAUCUGGGCCCAGUGUUUUGAAAUUACAUUGGAGCUGUCGUGCUGUAAAUAUCCUCAUGAGGAGAAGCUUCCAUUCUUCUGGAAUAAAAACAAAGCCUCAUUGAUUGAAUAUAUAAAACAGGUGCACCUAGGUGUAAAGGGUCAAGUUUUUGAUCAGAAUGGAAAUCCAUUACCCAAUGUAAUUGUAGAAGUCCAAAACAGAAAACAUAUCUGCCCUUAUAGAACCAACAAAUUUGGAGAGUAUUAUCUCCUUCUCUUGCCUGGGUCCUACAUAAUAAAUGUUACAGUCCCAGGGCAUGAUCCAUACCUCACAAAGGUGGUUAUUCCAGAAAAAUCCCAGAACUUCAGUGCUCUUAAAAAGGAUAUUUUACUUCCAUUCAGAGGGCAACUGGAUUCUAUCCCAGUAUCAAAUCCUUCAUGUUCUAAGAUUCCUCUAUAUAGUGAUUUGCCAAGCCACUCAGAGGCAACAAAGCCUGGUCUGUUCUUAUUUUUAGUGACUGUCUUUCACGUAUUUGUCAAAUAAAGCAAAAUAUGGAACACACUCCCCAUCAUCACCUGGAAUCAGGGAUUACUCAUGCCAGGUUACUGCAACUCUCAACUCCCUCUGUGGGACCUUGACUGAAUAAACUCCAUGGUCCUUCCCUAAGAAGACAAAUGGUUGUUUCCAAAUCACAGCAAGCUAUGUGUGGCGAUAACAAAAGCAAUGAUUUAGUCUUGAUGAAUGGAAGAUACCUACCUUUCAAGUACUAUCCACUUAUGCUCAAUCUUGAAGUUGUCUUAGAAAUUUGUAAGAAAAACUUGAGAAUCAAGAAAGAAGUUCCUGCAAGAAAAAAAUGGAGCUAAUUUUGUAUACAGAGAGCCAGAUGAAUAUAAGCAAUGAAGAUGAACAUUCAUUGAUUACUUACUAUAUACAAAACCCUGUGGUGAAUGCUAGAUGUGAAGAUAUAUAGUAAUUACUAGUGCCAAAUAUAAUUAAUUCUCAGCACGUGGAGAAAUGAUAGCACUGGAAAUAUUUCAUUUCUCAGAUGUUCUGAGGAGAGAAAAUAGGCAACAAUGUCUCAGUGGCCCACAAAAACAUGGGCCUGAUGGGAUGACAAGGUUGUGUCUACAGAGCCCCAAAAUAACAGGUCAAUUAAGUGUCCCUGCCUUUCUGCACUCAGAUGCCACAUCAGUUACGCUGAUGACCCCCAAAUGUGUAAGUCCAGCCUCUUGCCAGAGCUUCAAACUCCAGUCCAACUUCCCACUGUACAUAUCUACCUGGAUAUGACCCACAGGUACCUCAAAUUCAUGUAGAAAUCACAUUUUUCUCUCUAGAGCUGCUCUUCCUCCUGUAUUUGUCUCAGUGACUGGUACCACCAAACUAGAAACCUGAGUGUUAUCCUUGACAGUUUCUUCUCCUCCUUCAUCCCAUAUAUUCAGUCAGUCACUAAAGAUUGAUGUUAAUUACAAAUGUUGAUUGAUCUUCCCUCUCUCCAUGGCUCGUAACGUUGUCAAGUUUAGGCCACCAUAGCUCACUGGCACCACGGUGACAGUUUUGCUAGUCUCUUGUGCCCAGCCUUCUCCUCUUUAAGUCCAUCUUCUACAUGGCACUGAGGAAGAGGAUCUACUCAAAACAAAAACCAUCAGUCAACUGCUUGUAGUUCCUAUACACUUAAUGUGCUGUUUGUGUACUAUAUCUGGAAUACCAUUCUGACCCACCACGACAUUUUCUUUCCCACUCCUUUAAAAUUCAGUUCAGGUAUCAACUCCUCUAGGAAGCCUCUGCUGACCAUCAUUCCAUUCCAUUCCACCCCAGCAACCCCUUCCCAAUCUGGAGACCUUUCCUCUUUGCUUCUCUAAUGUGUUACCUCUAUUAUUGAAUUUACAACUAUAUUAUGAUCUUGUACUUUCAUGUAUGAUUUUCCCUAAUAGAAUGUGAGCUCUGAGGCCAGAGUGUAUUUAAUUUGUUUGGGAAAAUUCAUUUUUAUAUCCUCAGAGCCCAGUACAUAGCAGAAACUGAAUGAAUGAGUGAAGAGUUCCACAAACCUGCUACUCCCAGUCUCUCUCAGAAACUGUUGGGCUUUGAGUCAUUUUGUCAAAUGAGGUCCAAUGCUUUGGCAAUCUCCAGCUCAGUAGUAACACUGACAGAAGAGUGUUUUCAAAUACAUGGCAACAAAUAAUUCAAGUAUGGUGUUUUUACUACGCUUCACAUUUAUCCUAAGGUUCAUAGUAAACAUGUUACCUGUUAACACAAGCUACCUUUUUUAAAUUAGAAAACAAAAUUUUUACCAUUAGUACUCAUUUUGAAGCAACUGUUGUCUACUAUCAUGAGAGUUAACCCAUCUUAAAAUAUUAUAUAUAAGAAUUAAGGGUGGGGGGGACAUCACAAAAUAGCAACUCUGUGAGCAGGUUUCUAAGUGCUGUGUAUUGCUCGUGGACUGUGAGUUGCCUUCGUCUUUCAAUUGGAAGUUCUAUAGGAUCUGAAAAUGAAACUACACUGGUUGGGUUUGGUAUAUGGUGAAUGCAUGAGAACCACAAGUGAAUGGGAGACACAUGGGCACAUAGGAGCUAUUCUUGUGCCAAGCUUAUUCACAUGUACACAAUCACACUUGUUAAUCGAAACAGAAUUUGUAGUCUUUUUAUCACUUAUAAAAUCUGGUAAUAACUUGAAUAUCUGGGUCAUUUUUAUUUAAAUAAACAGUAAUUUAUUAUAUACUUGAAA